AUGGUUCCACAAACACAUUCAUCUUAUCGUAUUGCGAAGAAAAUUGUUCGCCACCAUAGCAAUAUUUCGUUCCUACGUACAUGCAAGUAUUUUAAAGUAAUACCCAAUGGACUACAAGCAAAUAACAUCCUAGCUCAUACCACCAAUUCACGUUUGGCCGAAAGCUUAGCACUGAAACACAGUAGACAGUGGUUACAGUUGGCUAUCAACACCCAAUAUGACCGUUUAUCUAAGAUUCGUGGUUGUGUUUUCCCGUUAAAUCAACAAGAAGACCAUGAUAUUACAAGACUCCGCAACUCAUUGGCCGAGACCAAAGAAAGUAAACUUAAACAGUUGCUUAACCGACAACGUAAGCUUAAUAGAGAGUAUGAAGCUGAAAACAAGCCCCAAGGUUUCAAGAAUCUGUCGUCAGAAACAUUGGAUAAUCAAAACUUCGGUUAA